GAGCCACAGCAGGGCUCCGCCUGUGCUGCGCGCGCGGGUCCACGUGUUGCGUCUCAGUGUGCGCAUCAGUGCGCAUCAGUCCUCCGUGUGUUCCUGUGUACGCGCCCGUGGUGUAUUGGCAGCAGCAGCAGGAGCAGAGGCAGCAAGGGAGGAACCUGCGCUCGUGACACCACGCGCGACGCUGGGAUUUGACACGAGCUGUGGGGCAGAGCGUGCGGUGAGCGGCGACACGCAGUUUGGGCCAUGCUGAGCUGCUCUUAGCCACGGACGUGAGAGGAGAAACAGAGGUUUUGAGUGGGGGACGGGGACUGCAAGCGGGCUUCAGUUUGGUUGGAUUUGCCCACGUUCUUUGCGGGAGAGCUGUCUCCUGGAGAUGCGGCCGUGCGCAGAAGUCUCGACAUACUUCAGGAUGCAGUGGAAUUCGUAACAUCUGGACUGCGUGCGGAGACAAACACCCCCAUCCACGAUACUCUGACUUGUACCUCGAGCACAACACGCGAGGCGUCAUACACGACAUACAUAUACGUAAAUGUGGACAUGCAUUUACGCAUGCAAUAUUAAUGACAUACUAUACACAAACAUAGUUAUUUACACAAGUAUACUCGCUAACAUAUACAAAAACAUAUGCAUAAACGUAUACUACACGGAUUUACAUGAUCGUUUAAUGAACAUACACGCACUGGUAUACCCACCUACACACACUCGCUUAACCACAUACUCAAGCGAAUAAACACGUAUACGUAUACAACAAACUCGUACACACAAACUCAUACACACAUACAGACUGAUACACACAAAUACACAUACAAACUCAUACAUACAGACACACGCACGCACACGCGCGUACACACGCACGCACGCGCACGUGCCAUGGCGCGGCUGGGCCCCCUGUGCCGUGCUCCCCGGCUGCUGCUCCACUUCCUCGCCCUGCUGUGCUGCGCCUGCGCCUACAACGUGGACCUGGGGUCCCGGCUCGUGUUCACGGGACCCAAUGGCAGCUACUUCGGCUACUCUGUGCUGGGGCACAGCUACAGGGACUCCAGCUGGAUCCUGGUGGGAGCUCCGAAAGCCGACUCGGAUCUCCUGACAGAGACGGUGCACCCGGGCGCCAUAUUUAAGUGCCGGGUGCAGCCAAACGGCGAGCAGAGCUGCACUGAGAUGCUGCUGGGCUCGCGGCACAACCACCAAUGUGGGCGCACGUGCCUGGAGGAGCGCGACAACCAGUGGCUUGGCGUCAGCAUGGCCCGGCAGAACAAACCCGAUGGCAAGAUCCUGGCGUGCGCUCACCGCUGGAAGAACGCGUUCUACGUGAGGGAGUGGAAGCUGCCGCAUGGCCUGUGCUACAUCAUCCCCGCCAGCCUCGCGCCCAGCGAGAGCACACACAUCAUCCCCUGCUUUAAAGAGCACCAGAAGAAGUAUGGGGAGGAGCACGGCUCCUGCCAGGCGGGGAUCGCGGGACUCUUCCUCGAGGAUGCGGUCGUGCUGGGUGCUCCCGGCUCUUUCUACUGGACAGGCACGGUGAUCCUGCACAACCUGACCACACGCGCCAACUCCUUCUACUCGGAGAGCGAGCGCCGCGCUGUCGGAUACAGCAGCUACCUCGGGUACAGCAUCACAGCGGGGCACUUCACACACCCGCAGAGCACGGAGGUCGUGGGCGGAGCGCCACAAAGAGCCAACGUUGGAGAGGUCUACCUCUUCAGGAUUCAGCGAGGAGGUCUCCACAUCAUACGACAUUUCUCAGGGAAGAAGAUGGGCUCGUACUUUGGCUCGGCACUGUGCGCCGUCGACCUCAACAGCGACGGCCUCUCGGAUCUGCUGGUGGGGGCGCCCACGCACAGCGCCUCACGCGACGAGGGCCGCGUGCACGUCUAUGUCAACCACGGCAAUGGUGACCUGGUGGAGCAGGAGCCGCUGGUCGGGUUGAACGCUUACAACGCGCACUUCGGAGCCGUCAUCGCCGCGCUGGGCGACAUCGACGACGACGGAUUCCCAGACGUUGCAGUGGGGGCACCGCAGGAGGAGGAGUUUGGGGCGGUGUACAUCUACCAUGGCAGCCAGAACGGCAUCACUCACAAACAUUCACAGAGGAUUUUUGGGAAGAGUAUCGAGUCUGGGAUUAGCAUGUUUGGCCAGUCCAUCUCGGGUCAAGUGGACUUGGAUGGGAAUGGCUACCCAGACGUCGUCAUUGGGGCCUUCACGUCGGACGUGGCGGUGCUCUUCAGGACGCGACCGGUGAUCACGGUGGAGGCGUCGGUGGUGCUGCCGCGUUCCGUGAACAUCACGGCGCCGCUGUGUGUGGACGGUGGACAGCCGACGCUCUGCCUCAACGUGAGCGUGUGCCUGCGCUUCCGCGGGCGUGCGGUCCCGGGCAAGAUCGAGCUCUUCUACAACCUGACGGCGGACGUGGCCAAGAAGGCCGGAGGUUCACGGAUCAUCCUGGGUCCGUACGCCGACGGCAUCACGCAGGUGUCGGGCAAGGCCGACCUCGCAUACGACAAGCAGCUCUGCCGCACGCAGCUUGCUUACAUCAAGCGGGACAUGAGGGACGUGAUCUCGCCGCUGGCGUUUGAGGUGUCCUACUGGCUGGGCAAACACCACGUUGACGACGUGGGCGGCACCAACGGGCGGCCCAGAUUCCCCUCGCUGGAGCCCAUCCUGCGCUGGAACGACGGGCGUGGCAGCGUCGUGCGCAACAAGACCGUGUUCGAGAGGAAUUGCUUCAACGAGGAUUGCGCCACUGACAUGAAGUUGGAGGCCAAGAUGUUCAGCAAAAGUGCCAUCCAGACGGAAGAGCUGGUGAUCGGGGAUGGGCGUACGGUGUCACUGAACGUGACAGUGAGGAACGAGGGUGACGACGCUUACGACGCCACCACCACGCUCUCCUUCCCCAGCUCGCUCUUCUUCGUCAAGGUUUGGGAGCCGGAGGAGAAAUCUGUCAACUGUGAGCUGAAGCAGGAGGAGGAUCAGCCGAUAAACUCUCUCAAGUGCAGCAUCAGGUUCCCCUGCAUGAAGGCGCGCACCAAGCGAGAAUUCAGCGUGGUGUUCGACACGACACAACUCACGGGGAGCGAGGGCCCCUUAGAGUUCACCCUGCAAGCGAGAAGCGCCAGCCCAGAGCACGCCUCCAUGCUGGAGGACAACGACCUGGUGCUGCGCGUGCCGCUGCGGUUCCAGGUGGACACGACCAUGAAGGGGACGGUCAAUCCACCCUCGUUCGUGUACGGAGGAGAGGCCACCAACAGCAGCCAAUUCGUGCGACUCGACAACGCCGACUGCCUCUACCAGUGGAUCAACUUCUCCCUCCAGGUGAUAAACUUCGGGCCAAGCCCCCUGCCCAGCUCCAGCGUCGAAGUCCUCAUCCCCAACGUCCUGACGGAGGAUGGGCCGGAGCUCUUCCACGUGCGGCACAUCAAGAUCAACAGCGCCAACGGGAAGUGCUUCACCAAGGUGCCCUCGCAGAUCUGCCUCGUGCCGCACGACUCGGGCAGCUUCUUGCGCACACUUUUCACCAUCUUCAACAAGUCCGGCCGCAAAGUGCUCGACUGCGCAUGGCGGGGCGGCUGCCUGGUCGUCGGCUGUCAGCUGGGGAACAUCGACAGUGGGAACUCGAUCUCCAUCAACGUCAGCACCCUGCUCAACACCAAAAUCCUGGAGAAGGACAGCUCGUCGGUGAUCCAGUUCCUGGUGGACGCGAAAGUGCACCUCAACCACAGCCUGCACAUCUAUGAGGCACCGGGGGGCAACCCAGACGGCACCACGGUGGUGUUUGAGGCCCUGCACGACCUGCGUCCGCGUGGCUACGUGGCCGUGUGGAUCAUUGCGCUGAGCCUGCUCAUCGGCAUCCUUAUCUUCAUCCUGCUUGCUGUCGUGCUCUGGAAGCUCGGCUUCUUCAAGCGCUCGUACAAGGAGAGGAUGCAGGCGAGCAAGCAGGAGAAGGAGAGCCUGGACUGAGCGGCGCUGUGGGGGAGUGGGCGUGGCAGCGCCGUGGCCACGAGUCCCCGGCGUCGUUGAAGCGUGGUCCCGCGUCGCCCACGCAGCCACAACCGCUGCACGGCGUCGCGGGCGACGCGGGCAACUCGCCCGCUCUCUCGUUCGGCCACCAGCACAAAUCACAACCGACCGCGAGAGUGAGCAUGGACCCAGAGGAGGUCUGGCGAUCGCAGCCCCUCGCAGGAGAACAAGUCCGCGGCGCAUCCUGAGUGCGUCGCACAGGUGCCGACAUUCCGCAGGCUUCUAUCUUUGCGCGACCCCUCGCAAGCCAAUCAAUCCUCCUCCCUGCUCAAGCUGCAAAAGCCGUCGUGGCCCCUUGCCAUCGGGUCAUCCUCCUGACAAAUAAAAUGCGGCGUGCGAUGACGCAGCAUCUCUGCUUGUGAUGACCACAGCGCUCGUCAACUUGGAGAUCCUCCUUCGCGGCGAGGGGAGUGCGUGCGGCUGCAUUUUGUGAAUUCCCGGCGGGGCGAGUGGAUCCCACGGCAGAGCCUCCUCUGAGAGUUCAUCUGAACGACCUCGUAAACUUCUGGCAUCCGAGACGAUGAUGAGCGUUCGGGUUUGAUAGACACAGUGUAUAUUUUUUCAAGAGGACAUUGGGAAAAGUGCUGCCUUUUUGCGUGAAAUGAAUUCACUCUGUUAAUAAGUUAGAAGGAGGCGUUGAACGAUGAAAUAGAUGGUGACGCCACACGUGGAACUGAUGUGCUCACCCUCGAGAGCUGAGCGCUAAUCUCCACUUUUCUCAUGGAAAUCAGAAGAAGAUGUUUUCCGUGCCAGAUGCAACUCUUGGCGGAGCACAGUGCCUUUCCGGACACCGAGCAGAGACCAUCGUGUGUUUAUUCAAAGCCCGCGUGUGACGAGUUAUUUUGAAGCUCUGCAUUUUCAUUUUUGGUGCUGCCCAUCAAACCGAGCCUUUGUCCAGUUAGCAAUAAAACUAAGCAUGUUUUAUUUACACGGUGAAUAAAACUACACGGGCAAUAAAAGCAACGAGCUCAGCCGAUUUGACCCACGAGCACAUUCGCUCCGCACGUGGAACAAUUUAUCAGUGAGGCCUUUUCCAUCCUCCACCCAUGGCAUUUCCGUAUGCCGCACGUCCCCUCCGACGGACGUUGGGGGUGCACGGAGGCCUUCGUGAGGUCUGCCGCUCCCGCACUGGGAGAGCCGCCGUGCCUCGGCACUCUACGUGAUGCCGCCACCGUGUCGCACGAUGCUGUGCACCGAGCCGUGCUGUACCGAGCCGUGCUGUACCGAGGCCUGCUGUACCGAGCCGUGCUGUAUCGAGCCGUGCUGUACAGAGCCGUGCUGUACCAAGCCCUGCUGUACCAAGCCGUGCUGUACCGAGCCCUGCUGUCCAGAGCCGUGCUGUACCGAGCCGUGCUGUACCGAGCCCUGCUGUACAGAGCCGUGCUGUACCGGGCCGUGCUGUACAGAGCCGUGCUGUAUCGAGCCGUGCCAGCUAAUCUGACCGAUGCUGGCACCUCACCAACUUUGCCUCCAGUUGCCGUCGUAAUCCACUGGCGUCGUUGCGAUAGCGAGCAUUUCCGUUCGCGAGGUCUCGAGACCUGAAAACAGUGCGUUAAAUGAACAUCCACGUGAAUUUUUGUUGUUUAUAUACAUAUAUAUAAAGCAACUCAAUCAAUGAAUGCCAAAUAGUGUAACUGCUGUACAGUGCGACGAUUUUGCAACAACAUUCUCUGUUGACUUUUGUUCGCUUUACAAGUUGACCACUGUGUGGUGGGGGUUAGGAUUCUAUGAAAAUUCGCAAGUCUAGCGAGGACGUCCGCUCGGAAGGUUCCGCUGGGGGGGGGGGGGGUACGAUGAAUUUAAACGUUCAGCAGAAACGCAGAGUAACGGAAGUUCUUGCGAUUCCCACUGGAAUUUAGAAUUCUUUCUGGGGUCCCCGAGCACAUGUUGUGGAAUCAUUGUGAAAUAUUUGUGAGGGGCUGUUGGUGUGAGGAGGAGGGGGAUGUGCGCUGACAUUGAUCUGCCCCAGCUGACUGCCCGCUCGUCAAGGGGAGAAUCGCCCUUUGCGGAGUUUGUUGUGGAGAGACCCGGAUCGAGACACCCAAAUCGCCCUUCACCAAAUAAUUUCUUCCAACGUGACUGCAGUAAAUUGCCUCUUUUCUGCACAACAGUGGCAAAUCACUUUAAACAAUUAUAAGGUGUUUUAAAAAAAAUAGUACAAAUAUGUAAAAACCCGUUUAUUAAAGACAUUUAGACAGUGUUUGUAUAGUGUGGCACACGAGUGUAGUGUUUUUUACAAGUUUUAUAUUCACACACACACGCAACUGUACCAUAGCUCUCACCGCAUUGCCGGACUCACUGUGGCCAAGAGAUGAAUGCGUUUUAUUUUUGGCUCAAGUGAAAGAAAGCUUCCUGCGUUUGAGAUUCCGAACGUCUCGUUGAAUGUAGCCAAACACAGAGAAUGAGCGUCACAGCAGCGUUUGAAUAAAUGAAAACUUCCAGACGCC